AUGGAACAGCUGGACGAGAUCAAUCCCUCCAGCUAUCGGCAACUUUAUCAAGCUAACAAAUCGGGACCUUUUUGUCAACGGCUUAACGGGAUCCAUCCCAUCCAGCAUUGGCAGCUUAACAGCGCUCUCAUACUUAAACUUUCAGGAAAGCAACUUGACCGGGUCUAUUCCAUCAAGCAUUGGCAGCUUGAGGAAGCGUGUAGCCCUCUCAGUCUCCCACCGUAUUACUCGGUUCCUCCUGGUUCUUGA